GUAUCGGAGAAUCAUACGUCCCGACAUCAUCGAACUAACGAUUCUAAAGAACGACUCUCACCUGAAACAGUUGCGGUUUUACCUCUGCCGGUCGUACACGUGUUUUACUCCUGUCGUAUCAACGCCGAAAUUUCCUCUGUCUAACAAACGGAAAGUUAGCCAUUUUGUAGAUAAGAAAAAUAGUGGCGCUCACGAAGAAGAACGACUUCUUCGGUUAGUUUCAAAAUGACAAGAUAUCGAAGUCUGUUGAACUUCUACCUGCUGGGUUACGUUUGUUUGUUCGAACUUGUCGCGGCCGAUGCACCAGCGGUAAAAAUUAAGAAUGGCACGUUGUCGGGUUUGACUAUGAGGACAAGAAAAGGCCGAGAGUUCGCCGGAUUUCGAGGGAUACCGUACGCGCUUCCGCCCCUUGGCGAACUCAGAUUCGAGGCACCAAAACCAGCAGCAGCUUGGAGUGGAACACGAUCAGCCAAAGAAGACGCCCAGAUAUGUACCCAAAGGAACAUCUACACCUACGACGACAUGAUCGUUGGCGGCGAGGAUUGUCUUUAUCUGAACGUCUACACGCCGAAAUUGCCCACCGAAGACGACAGACUGAAGGGAGGAUAUCCGGUUAUGAUUUGGCUCCAUGGCGGCGGAUGGGUCACUGGCGCUGGCCACUCGGAAUUUUAUCACCCGAAAUUCUUAUUAGAUCACGAUGUGGUCCUCGUUACCGUGAACUACAGGCUCGGGCCACUUGGAUUCCUGAGCACGGAGGACACGACGUGUCCCGGAAACAACGGGCUAAAGGAUCAAACAAUGGCUUUUCGAUGGGUGCACGAAAAUAUAGCAGCCUUUGGCGGUGAUCCAAAUCGCGUGACCAUUUUCGGGGAGAGCGCAGGCGGCUCCAGUGUUCAUUAUCACAUGAUGAGCGAUUUGUCGAAAGGACUUUUCCAUCGUGCGAUCUCGCAAAGCGGCACCGGCCACUGUCCUUGGGCCCUGACAAGACCAGGCUCGGCGAGCAAACAGGCCGCGAAGAUGGCCAAACUUUUGGAUUGCCCUUCGAAAAACUCGAAACAGCUCUUGGCCUGUCUGCGCACGAAAGACGCCGUUGACAUUAUCGCGACCGAUCGUUCCUUCCAAGUAUUUAGUUACUCUCCAAUGAUACCCUUCAGACCUGUAAUCGAACCUGUCCAACCUGGUGCUUUCUUGACGGGAGAACCCGCAUUUUUGACCAAGCAUGGACAUUUGCUGGAUAUACCGUGGAUGACAGGGGUCACGUCCCAAGAAGGAGCUCUCAAAGCACCAGGAUUGUACGGACGAAAGAACGGAGAGUUGGUUAAGAAGUUGGACAAGGAUUUUUUGAACAUCGCACCGAUAACGUUGCUGUUCGAACAGACAUGCCCCGAGGGCGAAAUGAAACGCGUGACUUCCGAAAUACGAAAGUUCUAUUUCGGCGAGUCACCGAUCGACAAUUCCACACGAUUCAACCUGGUCGACAUGUACAGCGACGCUUGGUUCACUUACGCAGCUCACACCGCGAUACGCGACUAUUUUGAGAAACAGUCAUCCCCCAUCUAUUAUUAUUAUUUCGCCUACAGAGGAAGCGCAUCGUUCAGCAGGAUAUUCGGCGAUCGCAACCAGAAUUACGGUGUGUCGCACGCGGAUGAGCUUCAGUACUUGUUCCCCGUCGGGGAACAAUUGUUCAAAGACACGCCACUGAGCGAAAAAGAUCACGAGAUGGUCGACAUUAUUACGAGCAUUUGGUACAACUUUGCGAACUCUGGCAAUCCUACGCCAGAAGUGUCAGGACAGAUACCCAAAUGGAAACCCGUGAGAACCCGGGCAUUCGAGUAUUUUCACAUAGGACAGGACGACGUUCGAAUGUCGGAGAAUCUUAUACCGGAGAGAAUGAAGUUCUGGGAAGAUUUGCCGAUACGAGCGGGCAUUGACAACAAUGGCGUGCUCAAUCAACAGAAGGACGAAUUGUAACACGUGUGUCUUCGUUUGGAACUGCGUACGUGUCGUCGAGGAUCGUAAAAUCUAACGUGCACUUUAGACACGAUCGUCGCACGUCAACGGAGGAGUAUUGAAGAAAAACAACGCGCACGAUCGUAUCGAAGUCACGUGUCGGAGAAACUCGUUAAAAGUGAAAUGUAAUAUGAAAUACAACCAGCAGUUCGCCAUUUGCACGCACACGGUGAACGUGUUACUUAUGUAUAAUACAUAUAUGUAUAUAUAAACGUUUUUUAGCAUACAUAUUCGUACACAAAUACGCAAUGUCAGAUAACGUUUGAUCAGAAAUGUGCAUUGUUAGAAAUAGAAAGUAACAAGCCGUUUA